CGGCUGAGACGGGAAUGCGUUGACGUAAGAGCGCGCCUCGAGGUGAAGCGCUCGAGCACUGCGGAGACGCCGGAGAGAGCGCGAGAGGAUCGCAGCGAACAUCUCAGCGGACAUCUCAGCCAUUUCCACUGCCUUCUGCUUCACCUUCUUAUCAAACAUUGGUUGGACACAGAAGACAAGGAAGAGAGGAGCAGUUAGACGGUCGGUUACCGAGCAGUUUAUUGUAUACAUUCUGCGAGCUGGAGAGAAGAAGAAGACUGAUGCUGGACACAUCCACAGCCUUCGUGUCGCUCCGGUGAUGUCUCACUAAAGCUGCAUUCGUUUUGACCACCCUGUACCUGCACAACAUAGACCAUCACACAUUCAAGAUGGCUGCCACGAAGAGCGGCUCCGGGGGCAAAAUCGCCGGCCUGUACGAGCUGGAUCGCACACUCGGGAAAGGCCACUUCGCCGUCGUUAAACUCGCGCGCCACGUUUUCACCAGGCAGCUGGUGGCUGUGAAAAUCAUCGAUAAGACCAAGUUAGACAGCCUCGCCAUGGGCCACCUGCUGCAGGAAGUGCGCUGCAUGAAGCUGGUACAGCACCCCAACGUGGUGCGGCUUUACGAGGUGAUCGACACCCACACCAAACUCUACCUCAUCCUGGAGCUGGGUGACGGCGGAGAUCUGUACGACUACAUCCUGAGGCACGAGGGUGGAGUCGCCGAGCACACCGCCAAAGUGCACUUCGCUCAGAUCGUACACGCCAUCGCAUACUGCCACCGACUGCACGUAGUUCACCGAGACCUGAAGCCCGAGAAUGUUGUGUUCUUCCGCCAGCAAGGAACCGUCAAACUCACUGACUUCGGCUUCAGCAACCACUUCCAGCCCGGAACCAUGCUGGUCACCAGCUGUGGAUCUCUGGCCUAUUCGGCUCCGGAGAUACUGCUGGGAGAGGAGUAUGAUGCCCCUGCUGUAGAUAUUUGGUCUCUGGGUGUGAUUCUCUACAUGCUGGUGUGUGGACGCCCACCGUUCCAGGAGGCCAAUGACAGCGAGACUCUGAUCAUGAUCAUGGACUGCCGAUAUACCGUCCCGGACCACGUCUCCGCGGAGUGUAAAGAUCUCAUUUCACGGAUGCUGCAGCGAGAUCCGUCUAAGCGAGCCGCUCUGCUGGAGAUCGAGUCUCACCCGUGGCUGCAGGGUGUCAAUGCAUCUCCGUCGCCCGUCUCCCCUCACUGCAGCCUCUCGCCUCAAGAGCACGAACUCAUCCUGCAGGCCAUGAGCUCUGGGAACAUCGCUGACCGAGACACCAUACGAGAAGCUUUGGAGGCUGACCGUUAUAAUCACAUCACAGCCACAUAUUACCUGCUGGGAGAACGUAUCCUACAGGACAAGCAGGAGCUGAAUGGUCUUAAUCCAGAGCAAAGACACACACCGAGGUCUAUUUCUGAGCCUCUGGACCUGGUGGAAGGCCGGAGCUCUCAGGCUGACGCUCUCAGAGACACUUCUUUGGCUCCCAUCACCCAGGUGGACUCAGUGUCUCCGAAUUUCUCCCGACGGCUAGUGUGUGAGUCUGGAGACCUGCUGGCUCCCAAACCCAGCCGUCAGGACACAUCCUUCAGCGAUUUUAGCAGUCCCAGCUCUUGCCUAGGGCUCAGUCUCCGCUCUGCACCUCCAGAACCGCCUCCAGUGUUCAAAAAUCUUAGAGCUUUACAUCAAAUUUGUGAGGAAGAAGAGGAUGAGGAAGAAGAAGCGGAACCAAUUGUACAGUGUAGCGAAGUCAGCUUGGUGCCACCAGGAGCACCUGUUCUGGACACUUCUCCAAAACGUUGUAUACUAAUGAAAGCUCUGAGUGCCCCAAAGAAGCCCAGAGGGAGAGGAAAGGAGAUCCUAAAAGGACAUAAACCUUGUGAAGUCCUAGCAGAGGACGAGGAGCUUCAAGAAGAGGAAGAGACAGUCACAAAGGAGUGUCAAAGGGAUGAAAAAACGACAAAAAAUGAAGAGACGGCAUCGCAGAUAGAGGAGCACUCGUACACGUUUGAACAACAGAUAGACCAAAGCUUUCAGAAACCCAGUGGACCAAAUGUUGAGAAGGACCUCACUGAGGAAACCAGAAAAGCAGAAAAGGCUCCUGACAGAGCUGUAGAUGAAAGAAUGAAGGACCAUAAGCAGCAGCUUGUGGUGCCUCGAGCAAAUGGCAUGACUGAAAAGAAGAAUCACACAGGGGAAUCCGGAACAACUAAACAUCAAGAACAGCACCAGAGUCUACAGAAUCUGGCUUCACCACCAUCAGCAGAGGCUGAAACUGCAGAACCAGAGAAAGCAAUGAAGACUUCGGAAAGAGCAAAAAGCGAAAGACAGAAAGACCUUCCGAAGACAGACAAAUGUUGUCCAAUAGCCAGGACGGAGAAGAUCCAAACACAAAAAGCUUCAGACAGGUCUGAGGAGGAAAGAAAUAUGGACCUUCAAAAGAAAGACAGAUCUUUACCAGCAGCAAUGAGUGAAGAUAAAAACAGCACUGAAGAACCCCGACAAGCUGGAAGAAUCUCAGACAAAGCUGAAGAUGAGAGACGUAAGAAUGAGAGCCUUCAGAAGCAAGACAGAUUUCCAGCACCUCCGAGGCUUGAUCCUGUGCAGUGCUGCUGGGGCCAGAGCGAAGUCUCCAGCGACAGUCUGGAGCACAACAACAACACCCUGUCCAAGCCUAGGCUGCAUGACACCAACGUCAUUUCAGCCACCUGUGUGUCUCCACGAUUCUUACCCAAGAAUCAUUGCGUGGACCUCAGACCAGACGGUGUGGAAACCCGCAAGGUGCCCGGAGAAGCAGAGAGGACGGAGGAGACACAGGGCAAAGCUCAGCAAGGUCAGCCGGGAUCUAGGGACGCCGGCACAGACUCCAACAAGAACAAAAACGUGAAUCUGCGCGAGCGUCUGCUGCAGUUCCCGCUCUGUGAGAAAGCGCUGUCGUUCAACAUCCAGCCCACAUCCAAAGAGAAACUGAUCCCCUUCGCUCAGUAUAACUGCUGCCAUGUGCUUUAGGAGAAACAUCUAAAAGCUGCUUAUAUCUUUUUGGCAUUUCCCAAAGCUUGUCAACAGAGUUCCUGCUUUCUUUGCCUCUUUACCUGUAAUGGGUUUUUAAAAUACCAGGCACAUGUCCUUGUCUCUUACUGUGAUCUCGGAGGUGCUCUGCCCAUACACACACACACACACACACACAGUCCCUGUAAACCCAUAGCUUGCAUUGCCCUUUACCCAGCAUUCCCUAACGCUUUCCUGUGUGGCGGCUAACGUCUUAGCGCUGCUGUGUAUAUAAACAUCUACUCUAUAUCCACUUGCGAUUUGUGCGAUCUCAGUGACCUUUUAUUAGAACUAGCCUAUGUCUCGAGAGUGUAGAAGCCCUGUGUAUAAAACAGUCGCUUGUCGUUUUGCACCGUAGCAGCUACUCUAGAGCUUUUAAAGAGAUGCGAAGCGUUGUGCGGCACACGUAGGGCAAACGUUAAGAAAGCUCCCGUAUGAAAAUUUGAUAUGAUCCAGUAUAUAAAUAGAAAGUUUUUUGCAAUCAUAACUGAGUGAGUGCUGCACCUCUGCAUCCACUGCUCAACCGGUACGUGAAUUACUAGAAACCUAUCCUCCCUUUCCAAAGAAUCGUGUUUCUGUUGUUCACAUUUAUUUUACACACAGCAGCUGUUAGAUCUAAACAAUUGUUUAAUACGUUGUGUGUAUGUAUAUAUAAUAUAUAUAUAUAUAUAUAUAUAUAUAUAUAUAUAUAUAUAUACAGGUAGUCCCCAAUUUACGAUGAAGAUGCCUUCUGAUGACCUAAUUGUAACUUUAUAAUAUUGUGGGGACAUGGCCUUCCCUACCCAGGAGUCUUAAAGUAUUGUGAUCAGUAUGGGGUUGCAUGCUGUAAUUUAGUAAUAAUUUAACAAAUUUCAGUACAUAAUUAAAAAAAAACAGAAUUAUUACAGUAUGGUAGUGUAAAUUGCUAAGUAAAUAUGUAUGUGGCAGCAGGCGAGAGUGUAGGGUGGAACACACGCUGCUACGUUUACAUGCCGUGCGAAACUUAAAAUAUUGUUACAAUUGUGUCGAGAAAAGUCGUAAUUCGUAAAAGUCGAACCAUCGUAAUUUGGUGAUCAUCUGUGUGUGUAUUUAUAAUCUAUUCACAAUAAGAAAUCAAUAUGAAAUGUUUUACCACACUCGGAUGUUAGUUUGCAAAACUGCCCAAAUGCUCUAAAUUCUCCAGUAUAUUAAAGUUCUUCAUUGACUAACAGUGAAGUAACCACAUGUGCACUGUUCUCGGUAUUUACAAUAUGGCUACACCGCUACAAAAUUGUGUUUCCUGGGCAAGAUACGAGGGCAAUUUCAGUAGUAUUGCAUCAAAACUUGCUGUAAAUCACAGGAUCAUAAAUUCAGAUAAAAAUCGGUUGAGAACAUGCACACCUUGCAAAACUCUAAAACAUCAUACUGUAGUUUAGUGCUUUUAACAAUGGAAACAAAGUAGUUACUCCAAAUACUGCUAACUAGCAGCUAAUAGACUUUUCAUUUUACUAACAAUUCAUACUAAAAUUGAACCAAUUUGUGUAUUGUGGUCGAGCCUCAUAGCAUCACUAUUACACUUUACAAAUGACAGUAAGCCUCACUCACCGGUACAACGACAUACUGUACAUCCCUGUUCCACUGACCCGAACUGUGUGUCGGGUUACACCAAGCAUGAGAGACGCGCAAAGCGUUUGAUCGCAUACAGUACAUGAGCAUGCUGCAUCAGCACUGAUCAAAGUAGUAUUAGCGUCACGCUGGAUGGACCGACCAUGGAAAAGAUGCAGAACGUAUCUGUGAUACAGAAACUUGGACUGAGGUUUUUUUUUUUAAAAAGCCGACGAGAGAAGACUGGUCUUCCUGAAGCUAUGUUUUGUUUUAUUUUUGUUUCAAAAGGUGUACAUUCUGAUUAAUGUUAUCAUAUCAGAGUCUUACUAGGGGCAUGGUGGAAACAUGGUGACUUCAUAUCAUUCAUUGUUCUUGUGUUUUUUUUUUGUUUGUUUUUUUUUUUUAUGUUUGUUUUACUUCACUUUUAUUUAACUGUAUUUAAGAGGACCAUCAGAAGAGAGUGAGACUGGCUUGAUCGAACUCCUCGCGGUGCACGUUUACUGCUGAGCAAGCAGUCUGUCGGUAUAAGCUCUGGGACACAUCUGGACAUGUACAGUGUGUAUAUAUAUUCUUUUGAGCAUGUGUGCUAUUAUCUACAGUAUGUAUAUGCUAUUGACCUGAUAUCGUGUUUUUCACCUAACAAACCAAAUAGAAAACUAGCUCUAGGCAUCAAACAGCAAAGAAAAGUGGAAUUUCUAAAUAAUAAAAACGAUGAGGUUGUAGAAAAACGUUUAGAAAUCGUACUAACGACAGGCUACGUAUAGACGUAUAAACGUUCUCCUAAAGCAGAAGUGUUUUGCUGUUUGGUAGUGCUAUCGCGUAAAAAAGACGAAAUCAACUACAAUAUUAGACCAUUCACAUGUAGAAUGAUAAAUAACUUUCUUAACUAUACAUAUAAAUAACAUCCAUUCACUCACUGGUAACGUUGUCAAAGCGGUUGUUGUUAUUAAGGUCUUCUGAAGCAUGAAGGACAAAAAUGAUUUCACUUUAACAAAAGCAAAUGUCUGAAACAAACCGUAUUUUUUUGGACUAUAAGACGAUUUUGUUGUUGUCAUUUUACAACAGAGUUUAUUAAUAUCUAUUACUGGCGUGAUUUUCAUGCUGUCUGCUGGUCAUAGGACAUUUUUUAGUAAACAGAUUCUGUUUCUCUUUACACUUUACGGUACAUGCGCAUGUGAUAUGUCCGUAUUGAACAGAUUCACAAUCUCAUUCAUACUGCCGCCUCAAACCGUGUUCUGCUGUCCAUAUCAAGCACAAAUAUCCGCAGGCAUGCUUACGACGUCUUAUAGAAUACCUAUUUAUUCACUGUUGAAUUGAAUAUUUAGUACAAAAAAUUUGAGCAAUACUGAAGGUGCAUUGCUGUUAAAACAUUUGCAUCAACUUAAUGUCUGCUUAUUUAUAUAAAUACAGUCAUUACAGCAAAAAUAUCAGUUAUUACACUUAAUUUAUAAAAUGGGAAAAAAAUAGGAUUCUCAAAAGCUCCAUAGAAACUUUUAACUGCACGCCAGAAUCCAAAAGGUUACGCAGUAAAUCCUGUAUACAAAAUGUGGCAGCAAAAAGCAAAUUGACUUUUAUCUCUAAGAAGUCAAAAUUACAGGUUGGAGUAUGAAUUAUAGUCCUGAAUAUACGGUACUGUUUCAUCAAUCAUACAAAAACAUAGAUGCUGUUUUGUGACAUGUCGAAUGCCCAAGUCGGCCAAACUUCAGCUUAGACACAGUGAUCUGAGCUAAUGCUUAAUAGCUAUAGUGCAGCGUAUCUCUAACGUAUACGGUGCAUUAAAACCUACAUAUUAUAGAAUUCAUUUAAUCCAUCAACUAAACUUUUUUGUUCUGUAUUCAAGAUACGGCACAGGAAAAUCUUCUUCACAGAGCUCUAGCCUGACUACGGCCUUUAGCCAUGAAGUGUUUUAGAGCAAAUAAAAUGUCGAUAGUGAAACAAAGUUUAUUGAAGGUCAGUGCAUUAACUUUGCCUGGAGAAUUUGUCAUCACUUGUUCUUCAGGCUGUAAAGUGAAAAGGAAUGGCUAGGUGGAAAAAAAAUCUAAUGCGCACAAUUUUCCAUAUCCUGACAUUUGCUUUUAUAGUUUUGCACCAGAACCACAUCCACUCACUGAAGUGGUGAAGGACACAGUGUGAUCACUAUAACUAUAUAUGCUGGGGGGAACAUGGACAAGCAAAAUCAAAGACCUUUAUCUGUUACAUAAAUGCCACAUGAUGUAUUGGAAGGCUGGUUGUUAUGUGGGAGAUAAUAUACCUUUAUAUUUACAAUUAAGUAUAAAAGAAAAAAAAAAAACUAGAGAAGCAUCGAUGACAGUUUUUCGAUAAUGAACCAAUUGUGUGCAUUAGAUUUUUGUCUGUAAAGCACAAACAUGUACUGCACUUACUCACAGACACUUCCUGACUGCAGGCCUGCUCUAAACAUUCGACUACACCUUUAGAAAAGGAGACAGACGUACACAUCAUGAUUAUCAUUCUUUACUCACUCUACACUUUUUCAUUUGCAUUCUCAUUGUCUCGGGUCUCCAGUUUACCGACCGGGGUAGAAUGACAUCUGGCUAUGUCUAGAGUCCCAUUGACCCUUCUUAAAACAAUGACUCUGUCUCAAUGAGAUUAAUUUAUUUUUGUAUUUAUUUAUUAAAACAGAGUAAACCAAA